AGAUAGGCGUAAGUUUAUCCAAAAGCAAAAGCAUUAAUUUCAUCACUCACCUCUUUGAUGGAGACCGAGACAAAGAAGAUCGAAGCAGAACCCAUUCCUCCUCUGGCUCAGCCUCCUGACGACGUCGCUUUGGAGAAAGCCGCCGCUGCCCCUGUCGGCGAUGAACCGAAAGCUCUCGUUGUCGUUGACAAGAAACCAGAUCCUAUAGUAAAGAAACCUUCAGGAGGAUCAAUUGAUAGAGAUAUUGCUCUGGCUGAGGUUGAAAAAGAAAAAAGGACUUCUUACAUUAAGGCUUGGGAAGAAAGUGAAAAAACCAAAGCAGAGAACAAAGCCCAAAAGAAUCUCUCUAAUGUUACUGCAUGGGAAAACAGCAAGAAAGCAUCUCUAGAAGCCAAACUGAAAAAAAUUGAGGAACAAUUGGAGAAGAAAAAAGCAGAAUAUGCAGAGAAAAUGAAAAACAAAGUAGCUUUGAUUCACAAACAAGCUGAAGAGAAGAGAGCAGCUGUUGAACCUAUAAAAGGAGAAGAACUACUUAAGGCAGGGGAGGCGGCUGCCAAAUACCGCGCAACGGGAACGACUCCAAAGAAGCUCCUUGGAUGCUUCUGAAAAUUGUUAGGUUUUAGCCUUUUCAGUUUAUCAUCAAUGGUUGUGGCUGGCACUCAAAAGUUUUCAUGUGCAUAUAUAAUUUAUAUAUAUAUAUAUAUAUAUAUUGUUUUGUUCUUCUGUGUGAAAAAAAGAUUAAAAAAAAAAAAAUAAUGACCCAGGCAAAUCAGCAAAUGUUCGUUAUAUCAUCCAAGUUUGUAUAGGAAAAUUAGCAUGUUUUAUUUAUGAAAUUUAAUUUUUGUUUU